AUAAUGAAAUAAAUACAUUUUGUGCAUUAACCACCGCGUACACUUUAGGAUAAAAACCACUUUUUCUUCCGGGAAGUCCAUUAGGGUUAGACUAUGCUCUUGCUCCCUCACAAAGUUCGCUAUCAGAUCCUAUAGCUCUCCUAGAGGUAAUGGAAGAGUACAAUUUUCACCGGAUUGAGCCAUAUGAGCAGUUGAUUGGCUCAUAUUAUUUGACUGAAUGGGGCGUGGUGGUCGACCAUGAAGGGCCCAACAAGUGUUUCGAGGGUGAUUACUCUUAUCACAAUAAGUGCAAUGGAGCCUUUUACCCUUGCCUCUCUGAUAAGUACCCUAUCUCGGUUGGUUUCCACUUUGUGCAGCUAAAACUAAGGAUUCAAUUUCGGAGAAAUUAUUCUUAUUGAGUGAGAUGCAUAGAAGCCUGGCAGAUACAUCCUCUAGAGUGGGAAUAACCGGACUAGUUAAUAUCUGGUCUCUAACAGAAUCAAGAUUGUUAGCCAAUACAUAACAGAUAACAGUUUAAAGCCUGAGUGCUUGCAACGAUAGUCUGUUAGAGAUUUGAGACGACAUUUAGGGAGGAGACGAGAAUGUCAAGUGGCAGAAAUUCCCAUUGGUGUUAUAGAUGCAGGAGGCCAGUUCGGCUGCGAGGGCGAGAUGCAGUAUGCCCCUAUUGCAGUGGAGGAUUUGUGCAAGAACUUGAUGAUAUGGUGCAAUUCAGCCCUUUGGAUUUCUUUGGAUUGGAGAGUGACGAUGAUCGUGACCAAAGAUUUGGGCUUAUGGAAGCUUUCUCAGCCUUUAUGAGACAGCGAUUGGCAGACAGAAGCCAUGACAUCAGAAUGAGAUCAGAUUUGAUUCCUGAACAUAAUCCAGGGUUUGGCCCUCUGUUGAUUUUUGGUGGCCAAAUUCCUUUUAGGUUGUCUGGAAAUGGUGGGUUUGAAGGUCUCUUCCCUGGGGCUCCUGGAAUAGCUCUAACACGAGGUAAUGCUGGUGAUUAUUUUAUUGGCCCUGGACUGGAAGAAUUGUUUGAACAGCUUUCAGCUAAUGACCGGCGGGGCCCUCCCCCAGCAUCCACAUCAUCAAUUGAUGCAAUGCCUACCAUUAAGAUUACCCAGAGGCAUCUUCGUUCUGAUUCACACUGUCCAGUUUGCAAAGAUAAAUUUGAGUUGGGAAGUGAAGCGAGGCAGAUGCCAUGUGACCACAUAUACCAUUCAGAUUGCAUAGUCCCAUGGCUAGUUCAGCAUAAUUCAUGCCCUGUUUGUCGUCAGGAGCUACCGCCACAAGGAUCGAGUAGUGGCCACAGUUACCAAAGCUCAAGUUCUCGAAGUAGAAGCAACAAUUACAGUGGAAGAGAGAAUGGCAGGGAAGGAAGACGGAAUCCAUUGUCGUAUUUGUGGCCAUUCCGCUCGUCUAGUUCUAGUUCGAACCAUGAUGAGACAACAGGAAGCAGUUCACCAACUGUGCAUGAAAAUAACCACCAGAUGGGGUAUUCAGGAUGGCCUUUCAACUGAGGAAUUCUGAAAAAUGCUAUGAUUUCUGUGUUCUGUGAUCAUAAUGUUGCGUCCUCGUUACUCGAGCUAAUUGAUUGGAGUGCGUGGUUUGAGACCUUGAAGUCUACUAGUCUUGGAGUCUCUGUUGAAAAGUAAUGGUGUCUUGUGUUUCUUCUGCAACUUUUUUUUACUGUAAAUGACAUUUCUAAAGUGCUUGAUUACUUCUGCUUGCAAAUGCUUGCUAGGGUUUAUGGUGGUUGGUCCGGAUGUAUUGGCUUGUUUUUCAUCAGACAACAAAAAGUGCACAAAAUUCUUACCA